ACUCAACACUGCUCACAAUUCUCAACGCCGCGCUCAAGUUCUGCUAUCGGAUCUUCCGUCGAGAAGCCCUGAAGGCGGCUCUUGCGGAAAAGCGAGGAAGGGCCAUGUCCCUUGCCUCGAAGGUUGCCAAUUUGUUCUCCUCUGGAUCAACGAACUCCCAAACGAAUCGCAACGGCUUUGGCUUUUCCGAGGAUGGACUAUCAGGAGGGAAAGACACUUUCGCUGAUGUUAAGCUGGGACCAGAGGGCAUCGCGUCGGAAAUCAUGGCAUCGAAAGCGGUCGAAGAGGAGGGACGGUCUCCUUACCUUCAUUGUAUGAUAGCCGGAGGACUUGGAGGUACGACAGGUGAUAUGUUGAUGCACUCUUUGGACACGGUCAAGACGCGCCAACAAGGUGAUCCGCAUAUUCCACCAAAGUAUACUUCGAUGUCAUCAUCCUAUGCAACAAUCCUACGACAAGAAGGACUGCGCAGAGGAUUAUAUGGAGGAUGGUUGCCUGCUAUGCUUGGAUCUUUUCCAGGCACUGUGAUAUUCUUUGGGACCUAUGAAUACAGCAAGAGGCACCUGAUAGAUUAUGGCACCACACCAUGGAUUGCAUACCUUGCAAGUGGCUUUGUGGCCGAUUUUGCGGCUUCGUUUGUGUACGUUCCGUCAGAAGUCUUGAAAACUCGACUUCAGCUCCAAGGCCGAUACAACAAUCCGUUCUUCAAGUCAGGGUACAACUAUAAGUCAACGGUUCAUGCCGCAAGAACAAUAAUCCGCCAGGAAGGUUUCUCGGCUCUGUUUUAUGGCUAUAAGGCUACCAUAUUACGAGACCUCCCCUUUUCAGCACUACAAUUCGCCUUUUAUGAGCAGGGACAGACCUGGGCGAGAGAAUGGAAGAAGAGCAGAGAUAUAGGAUUGCCAUUGGAGCUUCUUACUGGUGCAGCAGCUGGAGGGUUGUCAGGAGUAAUCACUUGUCCCCUUGACGUCGUGAAGACAAGGAUUCAAACCCAAGUAAAUCCAUCAGCCAGACCAGUUGCAAAGCACACACCAGGAGGCUCCAUGCCUGCUCAGGGGAAGAUAGAACCCACUACCUCACUCAAACAGCAAAUCCGAAAAAUAUCGACGUCCUCACCAUCAACCCACACACCUCGUCCUGGAGCAAUAAAUCUGGACACAUCCUCGUUAUUCAAGGGUCUCAGGCUUAUCUACAAGACUGAGGGUAUCGGAGGCUGGUUUCGGGGAGUGGGCCCGAGAUUUGUUUGGACGAGUGUACAAAGCGGGUGCAUGCUGGUCUUGUAUCAGUCAAUUAAAGGGCAGCUAGAGAUUUAUUCUGCCUCUAUAAAAGACGAGGAGUCUGUUGUAUGAUGGUUGACGAUUAUUACUUACGGGAUGACAUGUGGAACGGAUAUGUGACUUGUAGGUGUAUGUAUAUCAAGAGCAUUGGGCGGCGUUUGAGUAUGCAUGGCAUGCUGGAUAGACUAUAUAUCUUCACUUUUGGUGCAUAUAAUGUUGUC